CUUAGCAAGCAAUAGAGCCACGACGACAGCACACUGUGAGAGAACUCUACUGAACAAUGAACAUUUCUGGGACUGAAAGAGUCAAACUGAAGAGAAACAAAAGUUGGAUAAGGACUGCCAGAACAAGGAAACUACAUUCUUCUCAAAUAUUCAACUAUCAAUGACAUCAUGACAGCGCCAUCUUCUGGUGACAAUAUGACAUGACAGCAAUUAUCAUGGUAAUAAUUUCACCUGUGACAGAGGUGAAAGGAAAUCAAAGUUCAAGCUUUGACAUUGUUGAACAGAGCUGAGACGCCAUUACAGGGUGCGAGAUCUCUGCUGGAAAACACUUGAUUGGAGUAUUUGAAGCAACAAAGAGAAGAGACAGAAACUUGUUGAGUCCUGCUGUGAAAAAUACCUUAACAAUAACAAAUGGCUGAAAAGAAUACUCUUGUUGAAAGUUUCCUGAGCUGCCAUGUGUGUUCAGAGACUUUCAGAGAUCCUGUGUCUCUGAGCUGCAACCACAGCUUCUGUUCAAGCUGCCUGAAAAAAUUCUGGGAACAAGCUAAAAACAAUAACUGCCCCAUUUGUAAAAGAAAAUCCUCAAAAGUUUUUCCACCAGUGAACUUUGCUCUGAAGGAACUGGCUGAUUCCUUUGUCGGGAGACAGAAAUCUGGAUCAUCUGAGACAGAAAAAGAAGUGAAGAAGGUGGAGGUGCUGUGUAGUAAACAUCCAGAAGUCCCUAAAUUGUUCUGUGAGGACGAGCAGAGAGCUGUGUGUCCUGUCUGUGAGUUUUCUCUCCACCAGAGUCACAAGGUGGUUCCUUUAGAACCAACUGUCAGUGAGCUGAAGGAGCAGCUGAAAUCUGACUUAAAGUCUCUACAGGACAAGAGGAACAAAUACAAACAAGUGGAGAAAACAUACAAUGAAGUGAUUCAACACUCCAAGAAGCAGGUGUUGUCCACAGAGAGGCAGAUCAGAGCAGAGUUCAACAAGCUCCACCAGUUCCUGAAAGAGGAAGAGGAGUCCAGACUGGCAGCUCUGAGGGAGGAAGAGGAGCAGAAGGGGAAGACUGUCAGCAGAGAGAUGAAGAUGAUUGAGGAGCAGCUCUCCUCUCUGUCAGACAGUAUCUGUGCUGUUGAAGAAGAGCUGCAGAAACACAACGUGCCAUUCCUCAGCAGUUAUAAAGCCACUCAGACCAGAGCCAGAGUCCAGUGCUCACUGUCAGAUCCAAAGCUGGUCUCAGGAGCGCUGAUAGAUGUGGCCAAACACCUGGGCAACCUGUCCUUCAGAGUCUGGGAGAAGAUGAAGGACCAGGUCCACUUCAGUCCUGUCAUUCUGGACCCAAACACUGCAGCUGACUGUCUCCAUCUGUCUCAUGAUCUGACCAGUGUGAGACGUGGAGACACAAAGCAGCAGCUUCCUGACAAUCCAGAGAGAAAUACUUCCUCUGGCACUGUUUUUGGCUCUGAAGGCUUCAGCUCAGGGAAACACAGCUGGGAGGUGGAGGUGGGAGAUCAUCCUGGUUGGAGUGUAGGUUUGGUUAAAGAGUCAGUUGACAAGAAGGGAAAGAUGCCACUUACACCAAAAAAUGGAAUCUGGUGUUUAUGGCAUGGUGAUGGAAAAUACAAAAAUGGUGCUGGUGAGACUGUCAGAGUGAAGAAGAGUCUCCAGAGGAUCAGAGUCCAGCUGGACUAUGACAGGGGGGAGGUGUCCUUCUACAACCCUGAAGGCAUGACUCACAUCUACACUCACAGAGACACUUUCACUGAGGAACUCUUCCCAUAUUUCAAUAUUGGACAGGCUGGUGAUGCUAAAACUGCAGAUAUCAAAAUCUGUCAGACUGAUAUUUCUCUGUGAUGUUCAGGAAUGUGAAUUAAUUGUUGCACCUUUAACAUUCUGAAUGUAUGGAUCAUGAUUGUUGGAGGUUUAUCAGACAUCACUCAUCAUUUGCACCCAGACCAGCAUUCAGGAUCUUUUUUUUUUUUCUUUUAUAUCUAAACCAGAUUUGAUCAGAUGUUGAGGUUCAUAGAAACACAAAACAGAAAACAUUUACACCUGUGUUCCCAAUUCAGAAGUUCAAAGAUAAAGUAUUUUAUAUAGUCUUAAAGUUUUAUACAAAUAUAUAUCAGUUAUUUUAGAUCAUGACUUAUUAUCCUGGUUAUCGGCAUCUUGUUUUAAUCAGAUCACAAUGUAACAAACUGUAUCCACUGAACCAAAUAUUUUGUGUGAUUCUUUAAC